AAUGGCACGGACGAUAUCGGGUCAGCGCGAAAAAGUGGAGGAAGUAUGGAGAUUAUUUUCUGAUAUACACUGCUGUGAGGGAAUAGGCACCGCCGAGGCGGAUGACGUGGUCGGCGGUACGCCCAACCGACCGCAAUCGGCCGUCGACCACAAGUCGACCAGUCGUUGUUCCACUGCGUUUCCGAUGCGAUCCGCGCCAGGCGGGUCCGCGGUGUAUCGUGGUACGUGUCGCGAGAGAAGUCAUUACGAUAUGCGUUAUGCGAACGGCGAGGCCCUGUGGUAGGUGGGCACCAGCGCUUCGCCCGGCCGCUCUAUUUAACGGCGAACGCGUCGAUAUGCCAGUUGCACGUUAAUUAAGAGGAUAAUGAGACCGGAAAGUCCCGAUUUGGAAACCUCGCGUGGACAACGAAGAAACUGUCCAGCGGUGAAAUCUAUAGCGCUCUCCAAUAACGAACGUCUUUAACGGGAGAUCUGUCAACAAUUGAGAAAGAGAGAGAGAGAGAGAGUGAGAGAUCGAUUAUCUAGCGAUCUGCCGUGACUUCUUAACUUUCCUGGUAAACGGCAAGGGUAUUCAGGUGAAACAUCUGGACGAUAUCUUCUUUUUUUUUUUUUAAGUGAUUCUAUGAUUGUUACUGAUGAUAAGAUGAUCGAGUAAAUACCUCACUACUGAUUUAAUUACUCCUUGUCGGGAUACGAAUGAUACUGCGAAUAAAAUGUAUAACUUUAAGCCAAGUCUGCAGAUUAUGAUAUUAUGUAUCAGUAUUCUGUCGCACGUUUCACGAGUAGAGGCGGAGGGUAUUUCGUGUUUCAAGUGUCACAUGACAAUUAUGAAUCCGAACCACACGGAUCUACUUUGUUCCCAUUUCGAUGGGAGUGCCAAAUUCCAGGUAUUCUGCCCGACCUCGACGCUUUGUAUGAAGAGAACCGUUGAGUACAAAUCUAAAACGUCUGUAGUGACUACUGUUCAACGAGAUUGCGCGCCGCAGAAGUACACCUCUCAAAUUUACAACGACGUCGAUAAUCAGUGGUAUAAAAAGGAGGAGAUCAUAACGUCCGCUUACGACGAGGGUUGCUUCAUUGGGGAACACAGGGGCGCGCCUACCGGCCCACCCGAAUACUGUUUCUGUAGUUUUCACCUGUGCAAUUCGUCCCCCCCGAAAAUCGGGGGGACGUUUAACAAAGCGUACGGGACAGUAUUACUGUUGCUGAUCGUAAGAUUGCUGUAAAGCUUCACAGUUUAUGAUGUGUUACUCGAAAGAAAGUGCAAUUUGUACGAAAGUUUCGUACGCAAGUAAGUUUCUCUUGUUAACGCGCAGAGAUUCUCCAUCACAGAGUGCAAAUAUUGUGUUGUACAAUACAAAAAUGUACAUUGAGGCCUAGCUAACUAAAUCUUACGAAUGACCAACUAACUUUUUUCAUUACAUUAAAUAAUUUAAUUUUGUAAUUUGUGAAUCUAUUUCUACAUUUACAAUAGAAUUUAUUUCGGAAUGUUUUUAAAUGAAAACAAAAAAAUCUUUCCUAGUCAGUCUUAAAUUAUCUUGUUAAAUAAAAUAACUGAAAUACUUUCCACAUGCAAAAAAAGUACAAAUACACAUCAAAGCAUAAAAAUGCAUGUAUUGCUAAUCCUUAAUGUAAAUUUGAUGUUUAAAAUUAUCGCAUAAUAUCAAAGCUUUUAAUAAUGUGAAGAACUGUAGGAAAUUAAAACGAAGAUACUUUUGAGAGAUCUGUCCUCAUUUGUAGUAAGAAAUAUUUUAUCUGCUGAUAUUUGUAUGUAAGCACUGCCACAAACUACCAAAACUAUCAUUUAUCUUUUUGUACAUGGAAGUACUUAUAUUCAAACUAGAGCUGUGAACAUGUAAAUUGUUAAUAAUGAUAUUACCACAUUUAAGAUAUUUAACGAUGAACAAAUUAUAACAUUAAAUCCCUGUACUUUAGCAGUACAAUAUUUUCGUAUUACGUUCAUACAUAUUGUACGAAUUAUUAUGCAAAUAAUUAUGUAUCGCAAUAACUGAUUUAAAUUACCUCAAUAAAAGUUAUUUCAACACGCA